GACUGCAGCGUUCUGGCCUUCGUGCUGGACCACCUCCUGCCGCACACGCCCAACGUGGAGGACAAGGACACCCCGGCGCUGGCGCGGCUCUUCCUGGCCAGCCUGGCAGCCGCCGGCACCGGCACCGACGCGCAGGUGGCGCUGGUCAACGAGGUGAAGGCGGCGUUGGGCCGGGCCCUCGCCAUGGCCGAGAGCACCGAGAAGCACGCCCGGCUCCAGGCCGUCAUGUGCAUCAUCAGCACCAUCAUGGAGUCCUGCCCCACCACCUCCAGCUUCUACAGCAGCGCCACCAAGACGCAGCACAACGGCAUGAACAACAUCAUCCGCCUCUUCCUCAAGAAGGGCUUGGUCAACGACCUGGCCAGGGUGCCCCACAGCCUCGACCUCUCCAGCCCCAACAUGGCGAACACGGUGAACGCGGCGCUGAAGCCCUUGGAGACGCUCUCGCGCAUCGUGAACCAGCCCAGCGGGAGCCUCUUCGGCACCAAGGGCUCGUCCAGCAAGAGCAAGGCCGAGGGCGGCGGCGGUGCCCGGGACAGCGGCGCUGCCCCCCCCGAUGGAGGGGACCCCGGGGACCCCGAGCCCCCCGAGGAGGACGCGGAGGUGACGCAGGCAGAGGCAGCCGAUGGGGACAUGGAUGGGGAGGCCGAAGGUGACCCCGGGGGGCAGCCCGAGGGCCUCAGCACCCAGGAGAUGCAGGUGGAAAAUGAACUGGAAGAUCUCAUUGAUGAGCUACUGGAGCGGGAUGGAGCCGCUGGGAACAGCACCAUCAUCGUGAGCCGCUCCGGUGAGGAUGAAUCCCAAGAGGAUGUGCUCAUGGAUGAGGCUCCCUCCAACCUCAGCCAAGCCUCCACGCUCCAGGCCAAUAGGGAAGAUUCCAUGAACAUCCUGGAUCCCGAGGAUGAGGAGGAGCACACGCAGGAGGAGGACAGCAGCGGCAGCAAUGAGGAUGAGGAUGACAGCCAGGAUGAGGAGGAGGAGGAAGAGGAGGAAGAUGAGGACGAUCAGGACGACGAGGAAGGGGAGGAAGGGGAGGAGGAGGAGGACGACGACGACGGCUCCGAGAUGGAGCUGGACGAGGACUAUCCCGACAUGAACGCCUCGCCCCUGGUGCGCUUCGAGCGCUUCGAUCGCGACGAUGACCUCAUCAUCGAGUUCGAUAACAUGUUCUCCAGCCCCACCGACAUCCCGCCGUCGCCGGGGAACAUCCCCGCCAGCCACCCGCUCCUGGUUCGCCACGCCGAGCACGGGGCCCUGGCGCUGGGCACCGGCGCCGCCACCACGCGCCUGGCGCAGGGCCUGGGCCGCAGCCAGCGCACGCUGCGGCAGCUCACGGCCAACGCCGGCCACACCAUCCACGUGCACUACCCCGGCGCCCGCCAGCCCAACCCGCCCCUCAUCCUGCAGCGGCUGCUGGGCCCCUCGGCCGCGGCCGACAUCCUGCAGCUGAGCAGCAGCCUCCCGCUGCAGAGCCGGGGCCGGGCCCGGCUCCUGGUGGGCAAUGAGGACGUGCACAUCAUCGCCCGCUCCGACGACGAGCUCCUCGAUGACUUCUUCCAUGAGCAGGGCAGCACCGGCAGCCAGGCAGGGACCCUCUCCAGCAUCCCCACGGCCCUGACGCGCUGGACCGAGGAGUGCAAGGUGCUGGAUGCUGAGAGCAUGCACGACUGUGUCUCGGUGGUGAAGGUCCCCAUCCUGGCCCGCCUCGAAGCGCUGCGGGACGAGGAGCUGGACGAGCGGCGCGAGAAGCGCCGGCGCCAAGCGGCCGAGGAGGAAGCCAAAGGCACCGAGCGGGGGGGCCCUGAGGACAAGGAAGGGGCUGACACCCAGGACGUGGCCUCCAAAGCCGCCACCGCCGCCGCCGACGUCACCCCCCCAGAACACAGCGGGACAACGGGAGAGACCCCCCCUCCCGGUCCCCACCGGACAUUGGUGAUGUUGGAACCGACGCCGACCCCCCCAGAUCCUCCUUCGGGAGGAGCCCCCCAAAUUCCCACUCGCCCCCCCCAACCCCCUGACCAUGAAGAGGGGGGACCCGGGCGACCCCCCCAGGAUGCUGAAGCCACUCAAAUGGAGCUGUCACCCGCUCCCACCAUCACAUCACUGUCCCCAGAGCGAGCGGAGGACUCGGAUGCUCUGACGGCCGUGAGCAGCCAACUGGAAGGAUCCCCCAUGGACACCUCGAGUUUGGCUUCUUGUACCUUGGAAGAGUCAGGGGGGGCCCCCCCUCCUCCAGCAGCCCCCCAAAAUCCCCCCGGCACCCCCCAAGGACCACCCCCGGCUCCCCCUGACACUGCUCAGCCCCCUGAUGACAGCUCGCCCCCGGCCUCGUCCUCGGAGAGUUCCUCCACCCGGGAUUCAGCCGUGGCCAUUUCGGGAGCCGAUUCCCGAGGGAUCCUGGAGGAGCCGCUGCCGUCCACCAGCAGCGAGGAGGAGGACCCCCUGGCCGGGAUCAGCCUGCCGGAAGGGGUGGAUCCAUCGUUCCUGGCGGCGCUGCCGGAUGACAUCCGCCGGGAAGUGCUGCAGAACCAGCUGGGGAUCCGGCCCCCCGCCCGGGCCCCGCCCACCCCAAGCCCCGCCCCCCCGGUCGUGGCCAAUCCCGGCCUGACCGAGGUCAGCCCCGAGUUCCUGGCAGCUCUACCCCCGGCCAUACAGGAGGAGGUGCUGGCCCAGCAGCGCGCGGAGCAGCAGCGCCGGGAGCUGGCGCAGGCCACGAGCUCGGACGCGCCCAUGGACCCGGUGACGUUCAUCCAGACGCUGCCGUCGGAGCUGCGGCGCUCGGUGCUCGAGGACAUGGAGGACAGCGUCCUGGCCGUCAUGCCCCCGGACAUCGCCGCCGAGGCGCAGGCGCUGCGCCGCGAGCAGGAGGCCCGCCAGCGCCAGCUCAUGCACGAGAGGCUCUUCGGCCACUCCAGCACCUCCGCGCUCUCCGCCAUCCUGCGCAGCCCCGCGUUCACGAGCCGCCUGAGCGGGAGCCGGGGGGUGCAGUACACGCGCCUGGCGGUGCAGCGCGGGGGCACCUUCCACAUGGGCGGCACCGCCGGGCACAGCAGACCCUCAACCGGCAACGUGGACAACCUGCUGCGCCUGCGCGGGCGCCUGCUCCUGGACCACGAAGCCCUCUCGUGCCUCCUGGUGCUGCUCUUCGUGGACGAGCCCAAGCUGAACACGAGCCGCCUGCACCGCGUCCUGCGCAACCUCUGCUACCACGCGGCCACGCGGGGCUGGGUGGUGCGGAGCCUCCUCUCCAUCCUGCAGCGCAGCAGCGAGAGCGAGCUCUGCCUCGAGGCCCCCCGCGCCCCACCGGCACCGGAGGAGCGCCCGCGCCGCGCACGAGCCCCCCCUCCCAGCAGCACCGCCGCCACCACCACCACCACCGGUACCACCACCACCACCACCGGUACCACCGAACCCCGCGCUCUCGACCUCCUGCACCGCGUGGAAGCUCGCAGCUCCGGGCAGCUCUCGUGGCUCUCCGUCUCCAUGGAUGCGGCGUUGGGAUGCAGGACCAACAUCUUCCAGAUCCAAAGGGUGCCCGGCAGGAAGCACACGGAGAAACACGGUGGAGGCAGCGGCGGCGCCGCCGCCGGCUCCGCCGUCCACAUCCACCCGCAGGCAGCGCCCGUCGUGUGCCGGCACGUCCUGGACACCCUCAUCCAGCUGGCCAAGGUCUUUCCCAGCCACUUCACCCAGCAGCGGGGCCGGGAUCCCAGCACGGAGCCGGAGCGGGAACGCGGCCCCCCCAAAUCCGGGGGCAGCCCCUGCCCCCCCCCUCCUCCUCCUCCUCCUCCUCCUCCUCCUCCUCCUCCCCCACUUCCCCCCCUCCCUUCCCAAGCCCCUCCCGCCCCCCCACCCCCUCCCCCUUCUGCCGGGGCCCCUCCCCCAGCCCUGCCCCCUCCCCCCCCCCCCCCUUCCGGCAGCCUUUCCACCGAUUUCUGGGACCUCUUGGUGAAGUUGGAUAACAUGAACGUGAGCCGGAAAGGGAAGAGCUCGGCCAAAACGGGCGCCGGGGGUGGGGGGCCGGAGCCCGAGGCCACGGGGAUGGGCUUGGAAGCGUCGCCCUUGGGCCAGCUCAUGAACAUGCUGUCCCACGGCGUCAUCCGCCGCAGCGCCCUCCUCACCGAGAAGCUGCUCCGGCUCCUGUCCCUCAUCUCCAUCGCUCUUCCCGAAGGUGGGAAAGGGGCUGAGGGGGGGGCAGGAGCCCCCCAAAACGCCCCCGCCGCAACGGGAGCCGGGGCGGCUCCGGGGAGUCCGGCGGCACAGAGCGGGAACGCCGGGAACGCGGCGGCGGGAGGGGGAGCUGCGGCUGGGGCCUCCUCCAAGAGCUCCAAGUCACCAGCGAAGGGCCCCGAGAGCAGCCCUGACCCCCGGAUGGCGGCCACGGGGCUGACCGAGAGCCAGCUCCAGCUCUCGGUGGAGGUGCUGACGUCCCACUCGUGCUCCGAGGAGGGGCUGGAGGACGCGGCCAACGUCCUGCUCCAGCUCUCGCGCGGCGACGCCGGCACCAGGGACACGGUUCUGCGCCUGCUGCUCACCGGCGCCCGGCACCUCGGGGCCACCCUGUGCCGCCAGAUCGGGACGCUGCUGGCCGAGCUGAGGGAAUACAACCUGGAGCAGCAGCGGCGGGCGCAGAGCGAGGCCCCGUCCCCCGAGGGGCUCCCCGAGGAGCAGCCACCCAGCGCCAAGCUCAAGGGCAAGAUGCAGAGCCGGUUCGACACAGCCGAGAGCGUGGUGAUCGUGGCGUCGCAGAAGCGGGCGCUGGGCGGGCGGGAGCUGCAGCUGCCCUCCAUGUCCGUGCUCACCUCCAAGACGUCCACGCAGCGCUUCUUCCUCCGCGUGCUGCAGGUCAUCAUCCAGCUGCGCGACGACACGCGCCGGGCGCACAAGAAGGCCAAGCAGGCCGGGCGCCUGGGCGCCGGGGGCCUCGGGGCGGCUGGCAGCAUCCAAGCAGCCGUCCGGCAGCUGGAGGCCGAGGCCGACGCCAUCAUACAAAUGUCGGAGGCUGGGCCUGCGGACGCCGCUCCCCGUCGGGAUGAAUCCCCCAUGGAUGUGGAUCAGCCGUCGCCAGCCCCCCAGGACAACCCCUCCGUGGGCUCGGAGGGGCCGGAGCGGGACGAGCGGCCCCCGGAGCUGCCCCUGCUGAGCGAGCAGCUCUGCCUGGACGAGCUCUGGGAUAUGCUGGGGGAGUGCCUCAAGGAGCUCGAGGAGUCCCACGACCAGCACGCCGUGCUCGUGCUGCAGCCCGCCGUCGAAGCCUUCUUCCUGGUGCACGCCACGGAGCGGGAGAGCAAGCCCCCGGUGCGGGAUACCCGGGAGAGCCAAUUGGCCCACAUCAAGGACGAGCCCCCCCCGCUGUCCCCCGCCCCCCUGACCCCCGCCACCCCCUCCUCCCUGGACCCCUUCUUCUCCCGCGAGCCCUCCUCCAUGCACAUCUCGGCCAGUUUGCCCCCCGACACCCAAAAGUUCCUGCGCUUCGCUGAGACCCACCGGACGGUGCUGAACCAGAUCCUGCGUCAAUCCACGACCCACUUGGCCGAUGGCCCCUUCGCCGUCCUGGUCGACUACAUCCGAGUGCUGGACUUCGAUGUCAAGCGCAAGUACUUCCGUCAGGAGCUGGAGCGGUUGGAUGAGGGCCUGCGCAAGGAGGACAUGGCCGUGCACGUGCGGCGCGACCACGUCUUCGAGGACUCCUAUAGGGAGCUGCAUCGGAAGUCCCCCGAGGAGAUGAAGAACAGGCUGUACAUCGUGUUUGAGGGCGAGGAGGGGCAGGACGCGGGGGGCCUGCUGCGGGAGUGGUACAUGAUCAUCUCGCGGGAGAUGUUCAACCCCAUGUACGCGCUGUUCCGCACGUCGCCGGGGGACAGGGUCACCUACACCAUCAACCCCUCGUCCCACUGCAACCCCAACCACCUGAGCUACUUCAAGUUCGUGGGGCGCAUCGUGGCCAAGGCCGUGUACGACAACCGCCUGCUCGAGUGUUACUUCACCCGCUCCUUCUACAAGCACAUCCUGGGCAAGUCCGUCAGGUACACGGACAUGGAGAGCGAGGAUUACCACUUCUACCAGGGCCUGGUCUAUCUGCUGGAGAACGACGUCUCCACCCUGGGCUACGACCUCACCUUCAGCACCGAGGUGCAGGAGUUUGGGGUGUGCGAGGUCCGGGACCUGAAGCCCAACGGAGCCAACGUCCUGGUGACGGAGGAGAACAAGAAGGAGUACGUGCACCUCGUGUGCCAGAUGCGCAUGACCGGAGCCAUCCGGAAGCAGCUGGCCGCCUUCCUGGAGGGUUUCUAUGAGAUCAUCCCCAAGCGCCUCAUCUCCAUCUUCACGGAGCAGGAGCUGGAGCUGCUCAUCUCGGGGCUGCCCACCAUCGACAUCGACGACCUCAAGGCCAACACCGAGUACCACAAGUACCAGGGCAACUCCAUCCAGAUCCAGUGGUUCUGGCGGGCGCUGCGCUCCUUCGACCAGGCCGACCGCGCCAAGUUCCUGCAGUUCGUGACGGGCACGUCCAAGGUGCCCCUGCAGGGCUUCGCCGCCCUCGAGGGCAUGAACGGCAUCCAGAAGUUCCAGAUCCACCGCGACGACCGCUCCACCGACCGCCUGCCCUCGGCGCACACCUGGUACCGCCGGCGCGCGCAGGGACGCGGGGCGGACGCGGGGUGGACGUGGGAUGAACAUGGAUACGGGGUGGAUGUAGAUACGGGGUGGACGUGGGAUGGACGUGGAUACGGGAUGGACGGGGGUAUGGGAUGGAUGUGGACACGGGAUGGACGUGGAUAUGGGAUGGAUGUGGGAUGGACGUGGGUACGGGAUGGACAUGGAUAUGGGAUGGACGUGGACACGGGAUGGACAUGGAUAUGGGAUGGACGUGGGUACGAGAUGGACGUGGAUAUGGGAUGGACGUGG